UCCCUUUCUUUCAGCAGGAAGCAAGUGGCAGUCAGCAAAUGAAACAGAAGAACAGGUGUUGGUGGGAAAAGAGGAUACAUAUUCAGAUGUGAAAGAGGAGUUUGAAUAUCUGGACGCGCCAAGGAAGCAAGAGGGAAAAUACUCAUCUAAAGGGAGGAAUAGUUCUCGUCUUUUACAAGAGCAUGACUUCGUAUGGCAAGAAAUAUGUCAAGGAGACAACAGGAAUGAGUGCACUGGAAGCAGGGAAAAUUUCCCUGAAAUAUCAGUCAUUAAUAUUCAGCUGCUGAUGUGUAAAGGAAAAAAUAUAUAUAUAUGCCAGGAGGGUGGGGAAAAUUUCUGGCAGAGAAUGCACCUGACCUCCCAUCAAAGAGACACAGGGGAGAAACCAUAUAAAUGUCUGGAGUGUGGGAAAAGCUUCAGUAAGAGUUCCAGACUUAAAUCCCAUCAAAGAAUUCACUCAGGAGAGAAACCAUACAAAUGCCUGGAGUGUGGGAAAAGCUUCAUUGACAGUUCCAGUCUUACCUCCCAUCAAAGAAUUCACUCAGGAGAGAAACCAUACAAAUGCCUGGAGUGUGGGAAAAGCUUCAGACACAGUUCCACUCUAACUUCCCAUCGAAGAAUUCACACAGGGGAGAAACCAUACAAAUGUCUGGGGUGUGGGAAAAGCUUUAGUUCAAGUUCAUACCUUAGUUCCCACCAAAAAAUCCAUGCAAUGGAGAAUCUAUAUAAAUGCCUGGAAUGUGGGAAAAGUUUCAGUCAGAAUUCCAGUCUUACUUUCCAUCAAAGAAUUCACACAGGGGAGAAACCAUAUAAAUGCCUAGAGUGUGGGAAAAGCUUCAGUCAGAGUUCCAAUCUUACUUCCCAUCAAAGAAUUCACACAGGGGAGAAACCAUGUAAAUGUCUGGAGUGUGGAAAAGAUUUCAGGAGAAGUGGACACCUUACUGUCCAUCAAAAAAUUCACAGAGGUGAAAAACCAUAUAAAUGCAUGGAGUGUGGAAAAAGCUUCAAUGAACGUUACAGUCUCACUGCCCAUCAAAGAAUACACACAGGGGAGAAACCAUAUAAAUGUAGGGAAUGCGGGAAAAGCUUUACAGACAGUUCCAGUCUUACUUCCCAUCAUAGAAUUCACACAGGGGAGAAACUGUACAAAUGCCUGGAGUGUGGGAAAAGCUUCUGCCAAAGUUCCAGUCUGACUUCCCAUCAAAGAAUUCACACAGGGGAGAAACCAUACAAAUGUGUGGACUGCGGAAAAAGCUUUGGUCGCAGUAACGUUCUCACUUGCCACCGAAGAACUCACACAGGGGAGAAACCAUACAAAUGCCUGGAGUGUGAGAAAAGCUUCAGUCAGAGAUCACACCUUCGUGUCCAUCAGAGAAUUCACACAGGGGAGAAACCAUACACAUGCCUCAAAUGUGGGAAAGGCUUCAGGACAUGUGGACACCUCACUGUCCAUCAAGACAGGUUCCCAGCUUUUCACAUGCUCGAUGCCACAGCAGUCCGCUGCAGUGUCAGAGGCUGGGGCCCUUCCUCUUUAUCCUAA